ACUUCCACCAAUAGCACGCUUUCUUGUUAAAAUAUGAAAAUGGCGGCUCUGUGCAGUGAAUUCGGGGACUUGGUACAAAUCAAGAAACAGCUAAUAUCAGCGAUAUCGCUUUGUAAAGACAGAGGACUUUUACACAGCACGAAGUGGGCUUCUGAGUUGGCUUUUGCAUUGGACCCUCUUCCCAAAGAUGAAUUACCACCAGCAGCUCCUUUUACUGAGGAAGAUGCACAAGACCUGGAUGCAUUUACACUGGCCAAAGCGUACUUUGACCUGAAAGAGUAUGACCGUGCUGCUUACUUUCUGAAAGGCUGCUGCAGUCAGAAGGCCUAUUUCCUAUAUAUGUAUUCUCGCUAUCUGUCAGGUGAGAAGAAGAAGGAUGAUGAGACAGUGGACAGCCUCGGUCCUCUGGAGAAGGGUCAAGUACGCAAUGAAGCCUUAAGAGAACUAAGAGUUGAGCUUAGUAAGAAGCACACUGCAGGCGAGUUGGAUGGCUUCACGCUGUAUCUGUAUGGAGUUGUGCUACGGAAACUGGAUUUACUCAAGGAGGCUGUGGAUGUGUUUGUCGAGGCAAUUCAUGCACUUCCUCUUCACUGGGGAGCCUGGCUGGAGCUUAGUAAUCUUGUCACCAACAUUGAAAUGCUGAAGUCACUGUCCCUGCCAGACUGCUGGAUUAAAGACUUCUUUAUGGCCCACAUGUACACAGAGCUGCAGAUGAUCAAAGAAGCGCUGCAGAAAUACCAGAACCUUAUUGAGGCUGGCUUUUCUAAGAGCACCUACAUCAUCUCACAGAUUGCUGUGGCCUAUCAUAACAUUAGAGAUAUUGAUCAAGCUUUGGCUCUGUUCAAUGAGUUGAGGGAUCAGGAUCCAUAUCGCAUCGAUAACAUGGACACGUUCUCCAACCUGCUCUAUGUUAAGAGCAUGAAGCCAGAGCUGAGUUAUUUGGCCCACAACCUUGUGGAGAUCGACAAGUACAGAGUGGAGACGUGUUGUGUUAUUGGGAACUAUUACAGCUUACGCUCUCAGCAUGAGAAGGCAGCCCUGUACUUCCAGCGGGCCCUAAAACUAAACCCUCGCUGCCUCGGUGCCUGGACCCUCAUGGGCCAUGAAUACAUGGAGAUGAAGAACACGUCCGCUGCCAUCCAAGCCUACAGGCAUGCCAUAGAAGUGAACAAGCGGGACUACCGUGCCUGGUAUGGCUUAGGUCAGACAUAUGAAAUCCUCAAGAUGCCCUUUUACUGUUUAUACUAUUAUCGAAAGGCUCACCAGCUCAGGCCUAAUGACUCGCGUAUGUUGGUUGCACUGGGAGAAAGCUAUGAAAAAUUGUCACAGCAGGUGGAAGCAAAGAAGUGUUACUGGAGGGCAUACUCUGUUGGAGAUGUAGAAAAAAUGGCCUUACUCAAACUGGCAAAGCUCCAUGAACAGCUAAAUGAGUCUGAUGAUGCUGCUCAGUGUUACAUGCUUUACAUCCAAGACAUCUUCUCUUGCGGGGAACAGCUGGAGCACGCCGAGGUGAGCACAGCCCUGCGGUACCUGGGUCAGUACUACUUCAAGAACAAGCUCUAUGAUGAGGCAUCCCUCUGUGCACAGCGCUGCUGCGACUACAACGAUGCCCGUGAGGAAGGAAAGGCUCUCCUGAGGCAGAUCUCUCAGGUUAGGGAUCAGAGUGAGACGCCAUCUGCAGACCUGUUCGCUCCACUCUCAAACAACAACACUCCAGUCAGGCGGGUGUCUCCUGUAAACCUCAUCUCCUUUACGCCCUGAUACCUACGCUCCCGUUCACAGGCUUUAAGAUGGACAGUUUAUGUAUCCUGUAAUUUGUUGGAAGCAUGUUUUGAGAAUGCAGACAGUUUAAGCAUUAAAAAUGCAUUUGUUUGUAAAACUUC